AUGGCGUUCUGCUGGUACCACAAUCUCAGGUUGGCGGCCAACCCAAAACCGCCCUCGGCCACCAGGGUUCUGCAAGUGCCAGGAUCUCAGGUUUUUUGGGUUUUUCUCACUUACCUUAACCUCUCUUUAGGGGCCAAACCCACGCCGGAAAGACGUCCGCCAAACCCGGCGCGCCAAGCUCCCGCACAAUCAUCGGCGGCGGUACGCCGAGCUCGAGAGCCACCGGCACCGGAGCCUUCGGCAUCAAAGGGACCCGGCAGGAGGCGAAAGUCUACCUCUCCCAGGAGGGGCAAUGUGAGGCCGAAGCUUCGUGCCCCACCCUGGCUCAAGAACAUCCGUCACCUCCAGAGGACUACCCGGCUCCUCAUUCCGCGGCUGUCGUUUGCGCGGGUGGUGAGGGAAAUACUGCAGGGUUUGGCCCCCAGUCGCUCCGACCGCUACUACAUGCAGGGGCUCGCCUUGCAGGCGCUACAGGACGCGUCGGAGGACUUCGUGACGAACUUCCUGUCGGCGAGUUACCUGUGCUCCCUCUACGCCAAGAGAAAGACCUUGAUGAGGCCAAACAUGAUUUUCCUCCAGAACCUCCUCAAGGCCUUCGGUGCCAGCAUCGCCACGGCCUUCUGA